AUGUCCGAUGCCGACGACUAUCUUCAGCAAGGGUUUAACCCGCGCAACGUCACUAUCCCACGCUUGCGAUCCAUCCUUGUCACGCACGGCAUUGAUUACCCAUCCACAGCGAAGAAGACACAGCUCGUAGCUCUAGUUGAGGAGCACGUUUUGCCCCGAGUCCCAAAGCUGCGAGCAGAACGCGCUCGCGCAAAGCGCUCCAGUCUUGGCAUUGUUAAUGCUGGCAGUGCGCAAGAUGACGGCCUUUGGGAUGACGAUGAGCUGUCGCCUCCCCGCCCUACCUCUCGACGUUCAAAGUCCCCGCGAAAGAGUUCCGCCCGCGUCAAGGUCGAGGAAGAGGAGCCUGCCACUCCCAUAUUCCGCACCGAGCCCAAGCGCAGUUCUCGCGCAUCGCGUUCCGUUAGCAGACAGCUCUCCCAUGGCCCUGAAGAUGAUGCCCACCUUUACGCCGCGUCCGUUUCCUCUCGCCGGUCCAGCCGCCGGACUGUUACGCCUCAAAUAAAGCCUGAGCCUGAGCCUCAGCCCGAACCUGAGCCUCUGGUGGAGGAAGAGGAGGAAGAAUCCGAAGAAUCCGAGGAAGAUGACACCGAAGAGGAACCAACGCAAUACGAAGAAGAGCCGAGUGUCUUUACCCAUGAUAACCCCUUCCAAGGUGGCAGCUCUUCGCCUCCUAUGCAAACGCCCAGCCGGCGGCGAACUGUGAGCGUUGAGCCUAUUAAGAGCGCAAAAUCUGAUCGCCGUCGCACAGCAGUUGCUACAGAAUCCACUCGCGCUGCCAGGCGCUUUGAAAUGGCGACACCUCCUCGCCGCUACAAGAAGCCGGACCAUCUACUCGAGCCGGGUGAGGAGUUUACUCCCGACGCACAAUUAGAGCUUGAGGAUGAAGCAGCUGCCGGUGACGUAGCAGCUAUUCGCCGACAAGCCGUUGUCAAACAAAAGCGUAGGGGCAACAUCAAGACACCCUUCUUUGUGCUCUUGAUGGCACUAUUUGGCGCCUAUCUUGCCUGGUUCCGACAGGAGAAGCUGGCCGUUGGAUACUGUGGCUUGGGUCGGCCCGCGAAGCAGAUCAUUCCACCAGAUAUCCCUGUCCCGGACGCUCUCCUACCUUUUAUCGAGCCCGAAUGCGAGACGUGUCCUCAGCACGCUUUUUGCUACGAGGACUACACCGUCCGCUGCCAGGAUGAUUUUAUCCUGAAGCCGCAUCCUCUUGCUCUUGGUGGACUUAUUCCUCUGCCGCCAACUUGCGAGCCUGACAGCGAAAAGGCUCGACGUGUACAGGCAGUUGCUGACAAGGCCGUUGAAGAGCUGAGGGAUCGCCGCGCAAAGUACGAGUGCGGGGAGUUGACAAACGAAGCCGGCGAGCAGGAAGACUCUCCAACAAUUGCCGAGGAGGAACUCAAAGCUACCGUUAGUGAAAAGCGCAACAAGCGCAUGAACAGUCAAGAGUUCGACGAGCUUUGGGAAGCUGCUAUUGGCGAGAUUACUGGCCGAGAUGAAGUCGAAGUCCAAACGACAUCGCCCGAUUCCCCCGGUGUUUCAAACAGAAGAAUAUCGUCCACCUCUCUCGCUCGCCUUCCGUUCCGCUGUGCGGUCAAGAGAUCCAUCCGCAGCGGACUGGCAAGAUAUCGACUCCCAAUUGGACUUCUGAGCAUGCUUGUCCUUGGUGUAUUAUAUCUAAAAGCCAGCUACCGCAAGCACCUCGCGACCUCUGCUCAGAUCCCGGCCCUUGUGGAUACGGUGUUGGGAAGGCUCGCAAACCAAAAGGAGCUGGGCGAUGAGGAUCUAGAUGAGCCAUAUUUGUUCCUGCCGAACCUGCGAGACGACGUUCUCCGCUCUGUACACUCGCUGACCGAGAGGGAUCGCAUAUGGCAGCGCGUCCGAGUCGUGGUGGAGCAGAACAGCAAUGUUCGCACAAGCCAGAGAGAAGGUCGCAGCGGCGAGGUCGGCCGUGCAUGGGAAUGGAUUGGCGCCAGUAAGGGCGAGGCCGCGAGACGGCGACGCAGCGGCCGGGUUUCGUGGGCACCCUCAGACAUGGGCGCCGAGACGCCCGAGUCGAAACAAGACGUUGAAGUAAAAAAGUGGGAAGAGCCGAGGCCAAUAUACUAA